AAGUAGACGUCAGUGUGAGGAGGCGUCCACAGGAAGUAGACGUCAGUGUGAGGAGGCGACCACAGGAAGUAGACGUUCAUCUUGAAGCAGCGUCGGAGACGUUGCCAGUUGAGAGCGUGAAACCAGGAGAGAAACAAGAUGGCUGAACUCAGACGGAUUGUAACGUCUUCAUUCCUGAUGCUGCAGGUGUUGAGCUCUACAGCAUCUGUGAAAUAUUCCUUCUUCACCGUCAGAGCUGGAGAUGAAGUCACUUUGCUUUGUGAGAACGUGACACCUGAUCAGGACGAGUGUGACAGGAUUACUUGGUUCUUCAUUGGUUCAAGAAAGACAGAAAUACUGUUUAAAUAUGGGAAGAUUCAUAAAGAAGCAGAAUAUAAAUCAGACAGACUGAGUGUUUCAGAGAAAUGUUCUCUGGUCAUAAAGAAGGUCUCAGAUGAAGAUGGAGGUCGUUAUCACUGCAGAGAGUUCAGAACAGGAACACAUGAAUAUCAAGAUGCUGCGGUUCAUCUCUCUGUCGUCACCAUGAGUGAGCAGAAGAACCCUGAUGAGGUCACGUUUAUCUGCUCUGUGGUGACAUUCAGUGACAGAUGUAACCACAGAGUGAAGUGGAUGAAUGAGGGCAAAGAGAACGAUGUGGUGACAUCACAGCGUCCAUGUUCAGCCUGGUUGAUGAUUAAGAAAUCUCACGUUGAUCAGAAGUCUUAUGAGUUAUUGAAAUGUGAAGUGACUGAUGGUUACACUGGAAGAGUGCAUCAGUUCCCCUUCCUUCGUCCUCCGUCCUCAGUGAGAUCUGAAAAGGACAUCAACCAAACAGAUCAAGCCCUUCCCUCCUCAGACUGGACCAGGUCCAUCGUUGUGGUUCUGGGUUUAGCCGCACUCAUAAUGAGCGUUGUUACCGUCAACAUCUGGACCAGGACUAAAGUGAACAAACGUCUGAUGGAAGAAGUCACAGAGCGUCAUGAGGAAGAGGAGGAGGAGGAGGAGGAAGAGAAGGAGGAGGAGGAGGAAGAGAAGGAGGAAGAGGAAGAUGGCAUCUAUGACGACAUUAGAGAAGCUUCUGCCUCCGUCUCACUGGACUGAUGAACAACAUCAACACAGAGUUCACUGCUGUUAGAUAUCCAGACAUCAUAGAGGGAGAAGAUGAUCAUUCAGAUGUUUUAUGUGCAAAGUUACAUCUAUAUUUAUAUAUAUACACACAUAUAUAUAUAUAUAUAUAUACACAUAUAUACGUGUAUAUAUACACACAUAUA